UCUUCUCCCUCUGUAUUCACCCCCACUCUCCACCAAAAUUAGGGUUUUAUCAGUAAAACACAACAAGCCUUAAGUCCCUGCGUUACAGCUUUCUCUCCGCCAAAACCAAGCAAUGAGUGGCCAGGCCACGCCUCCAGCACCAGAACUCGCAGAGAUGGCCAUUAGCGACGGCCCUUCUCUUAAGCACCCAUUCUCCGACCGGGCCCCGGUCCGAUCAAUCGUUUGUCGUCCCGAUGGAGGAGCUGGGCUGGCAGGCCAACGAGUCCGCGCCGGUGGGUGGGUGAAGACCGGGAGAGAGCAAGGGAAGGGUUCCUUCGCUUUCUUGGAGGUGAACGACGGAUCGUGUCCUGCAAACCUUCAGGUUAUCGUGGAUGCUGGUGUAGCAGAUCUGAGCACGCUUGUGCAGACUGGGACUUGCGUGUUAGUUGAGGGCUUGCUUAAGGCCCCCCCUGAAGGUACAAAGCAGAAGAUUGAACUCCGUGUUGAUAAGGUGCUCCAUGUAGGCCCUACCGAUCCUGCCAGUUAUCCGAUUCCCAAGACGAAGCUCUCCCUUGAGUUUUUGAGGGAUCAUAUUCACCUUAGGGCCCGAACUAAUACGAUUUCUGCAGUUGCUCGAAUUCGCAAUGCACUUGCUUUUGCCACGCACUCUUUCUUUCAAGAGCAUGGUUUUCUGUAUGUUCAUACCCCAAUUAUCACCACAAGUGACUGUGAAGGUGCUGGUGAAAUGUUUCAAGCUACAACCUUGAUUAGUGAAGCUGAAAAGCUCGAGAAGGAGCUCAUUUUGAAUCCUCCGCCUACUGAGGCUGACUUAGAAGCAGCUAAGCUUACCGUUGGGGAGAAAGGUAAUAUUGUUUCUCAACUCAAAGCUGCUAAGGCAACUAAGGAGGAAAUUAGUGCUUCUGUGGCUGAUCUUAAAAUAGCCAAAGAGAAUCUCUCAAGGGUGGAGGAAAGAGCUAAGCUUAAACCUGGUAUUCCUAAAAAAGAUGGCAAGAUUGAUUAUGGUCAAGAUUUCUUUUCCCGUCAGGCAUUUUUGACAGUCUCUGGCCAACUUCAAGUUGAAACCUAUGCUUGUGCUGUCUCCAGUGUCUAUACAUUUGGACCAACGUUUAGAGCUGAGCAUUCUCACACUUCUAGACAUUUGGCUGAGUUCUGGAUGGUGGAGCCUGAAAUAGCAUUUGCAGAUCUUCAGGAUGACAUGAAUUGUGCAGAGGCAUAUGUGAAAUACAUGUGCCAAUGGCUACUCAACAAGUGCUUUGAUGACAUGGAACUUAUGGCUAAGCUUUAUGAUAAAGGUUGUAUUGAUCGUCUAAGAAUGGUUUCUUCAACCCCUUUUGAGCGUAUUUCUUACACAGAAGCAGUGCAACUGCUAGAGGAGGCAGUGAGAGGUGGUAAGGAGUUUGAGAAGAACGUGGAAUGGGGGAUUGAUCUGGCAUCUGAGCAUGAAAGAUACUUGACAGAGGAUAUAUUUAAAAAGCCUGUAAUUGUGUACAACUAUCCUAAGGGAAUAAAAGCAUUCUACAUGAGGCUCAAUGAUGAUUCAAAGACAGUGGCUGCUAUGGAUAUCCUUGUACCAAAGGUGGGAGAAUUGAUCGGUGGAAGCCAAAGGGAGGAACGCUAUGAGGUUAUUCAGCAGAGAAUUGCUGAGAUGGGACUGCCUAUUGAGCCAUAUGAGUGGUACCUCGACCUGCGGCGUUACGGGACUGUAAAACAUUGUGGUUUUGGCCUGGGUUUUGAGAGGAUGAUACUUUUUGCCACUGGAAUCGACAAUAUUAGAGAUGUCAUUCCAUUCCCCAGAUACCCUGGCAGAGCAGAUCUGUGAUAUUUUAGUUUUAUAUAGGUACACAUUAUAUUUUUCUUUUUGCCUAUAGAAUUCGACAGCAGUUUGUUCUGCUGAAGUUCCCAUAACUUCAUUUGUUUUAGAUUCAAACUUUAAUUGCAAACUGAAAUUAUAGGCGAUGAAGGUUUUCUCUUUAGGAAACAUCUUUUAUGCUAAAUGGUCACUGAUGCUGCGUGUGAUGUUUGUCAA